AUGACUUCUGUUGCACGAUAUAUUGGGACAGGCGCUGCUGCUACCAUCUCACUUUUGGCUUGCAUUUACCAUGAUAGGGCAGUUUUUGAUUCCAAACGUCCGGGCAUCAAAACCCAAGCUGGAUGGCCCCUUGUGGGAAACUUGCCAAUCAUUAUUGAAUAUUUGAUGCGUUUCCAUGAUUUUUUGUUGGAAGGUUUCACUCGUUUGGAUGAGUUAACAUUGACAUUAUCCGCUAUAGGUAUACCUAGACACAUCGGUACAAUUGAUCCAAAAAACGUUGAACAUGUCUUGAAACAUAAUUUUGAAAACUACAUUAAAGGCCCUGAAUUUCAUGGUUCCAUGACAGAUCUUUUUGGUGGAGGCAUAUUUAAUGCUAAUGGCGAAGAAUGGAAAUACCAGCGUAAAACAGCAAGUCAUAUAUUCAAUGUUAAAAAUUUCAGGGAUCAGUUUACAGAUGUAUUUGUCAAAGAAUUAGCGAUCAUGCAAAAUAUCAUAUUUGACAAAGCAUGCAAUGAACACCAUAUAGUUGAUUUUCAUGAAACUAUGUUUAAAUUUACCCUUGAUUCUUUUAUCGAAUUAGGCUUUGGUGUUGAACUAAACGCACUUUCCACUACCGGCAAAGUUCCUUUUGCGACAGCAUUUGACGAAGCACAGAAAACUACGUUUGUUAGAUUUGUCAACCCAAUCUGGCCUGCCACCGAGCGUGUUGUUAGUCUAUUAACUCCUUGGAAACCAAAUAUGAAUAACCAUUUGGAAGUUGUUGAUGGUUUUGCUCGUGACGUUAUUGAAAAACGCAGAGUACAAUUAGCAGCUGGCGAAAUUCACAAGGAUCUUCUAUCUCGUUUUAUGGAUGCUCGAAACAAUAAUGGAAAUUUGCUAAACAACGACGAGCUUCGUGAUAUUGUCUUAAAUUUUAUUAUCGCAGGAAGAGAUACAACUGCUCAGGCGCUUUCCUGGACUUUUUAUAUGCUAAUGUGUCAUCCAAGAGUGGAAAAAAAGUUAUUAGAAGAAAUUGAAAAGUUCAUUUCCGACGACGAUCUAAUCGAUUCAACCUCUCUUUAUGAAAAAAUUAAAUGCAUGACAUAUGCACAUGCUAUAUUUUAUGAAGUACUGCGACUCUAUCCUUCAGUACCUCUAAAUCAAAAGUUCGCGCUUAAUGAUGAUAUAUGGCCUGAUGGGACUCGCAUUAAAAAAGGAGAUUAUAUUUUAUGGUGUCCUUAUGUUCAAGGUCGAACAGAAAAAGUAUGGGGUAGCGAUGCUAAAAUAUUUAGACCAGAACGUUGGAUUACAGAUGAUGGCGAACUCAAACGUGAAUCACAAGGCCAAUGGCCAGCCUUUCAUGCUGGACCACGUGUGUGCUUAGGGCAGAAUUUGGCUACUUUGGAAGCCUUGAUAGCAAUUAUAUUUUUAGUAAAGCGUUACAAGUUUACCCUUAUGCCAGGACAGGACAUUACCUACCAAGUUUCUUUGACUUUACCAAUGAGGUAUGGCAUGAAGGUGAUGGUCGAAAGACGUGGCAAAAGUUAAAUUUCUUGAUUUGGACUAUUUAACUAUUAGUCAUUUAAUAAAAAUCAUAAAUGAAAACCCAUAGCCUACUGCUUUUGUAUCACCCAUUAAAACUACCAACUAAAAUUGGCAAGUAUAAUGAUGAUUUUUUUUUAAAAAAAAAUGUCAUUAAAAGUAAUAAUAG